AUGUCUACAGGGACAGAGAAGCCAGCUGCGACUUUCGCGGAGGACGAGAAGGCCGCGCCGGCUCCCGAGGAUAAUGUUGUGGCCGUGCCGGUUAACCAACGGGCAGGCGAAGAUCUCGAGCAUGUCAAGUUAGGAUGGAGAUCGUGGCUCGUGGUAUUCAUAACCUGCUUCGCUGUCACAGCGCAAGUUUUCGUUGUCGUGGCUGCAGGGUCUGUCAUUGCCUUCAUCAUUCGUGAUGUAGGAGAACCCGCGCUGGCCGGUUGGAUCAUCCAGGGCCCGUUACUCAUGCAAUCCGUCCUCUCGCCAAUAGUGGGCCGCCUAUCCGAUGUCCUUAACAGGAAGUACCUUGCCGCCGUGCCGCCCUUGAUCGCGUUCGUAGGCGCGGUCAUAUCUGCCAAAGCUACGUCGAUGAAUAUGCUCAUCGUUGGUGGCAUUCUUAUCGGCACCACGCUGGCAACAAUCUCUAUUUGUCACGCAAUUCCUUCCGAGAUCCUGCCUCUAAAAUAUCGCGCCGUCGCCAACAGUCUUGGUUUCGUGGGAGGUGCCGUUGGUGGGUUGAUCGGGAGUCUGGGUGCAGGUGCGGUAACGAAUAUCGAUGCUGGCGGAUGGCGAUAUAUCUUCUGGAUCCAAGCCGCCUUUCACGGAAUCACCUCGCUCGGGUUCUUUUUCUUCUACUGGCCGCCGAAAAAUGUUGACUAUCCAAAGAUGUCUUUCAAAGAGUAUGUCUGGGCCUGCGAUCCUAUCGGGUCCGUACUCUUCGUUAGCAGUGCGACACUCAUGCUCCUCGGUCUUGAUUGGGCUGGUGGAGCGUAUCCUUGGUCGGAUCCCCAUGUCGCCGUGCCGGUAGCCUUAGGCCUGGCGUUGUUGGUCGUCUUCUCUCUCUAUGAGUGGAAGGGAAGACCCGACGGGCUUGUAGCGCACGUUUUCUUCCAGAAAAAUCUCAACUUUACAUAUUCGGUCUUUGCGUUCGCGGUAGAAGGUUGGAUCUUCUAUAGCGCGGUCAACUCGGUCGUGCCCCAAAUAAUCCUUCACCUGGGCUUCGAGUCCAACUCUUGGAGUAUCUCGAUUAGGCAGCUUGCUUACCAGAUACCUGUCUUAUUUGCGUCGUUGCCAAUUACUUGGUAUGCUACCAAGUAUAAGGAUCUUAAGUCGCCCUUAGUCGUUACCUUUAUUGUAUUCCUCGUUACGACCAUCUGUUAUUCGACCAUCCAGCCGUCGUGGAGCAAGGCCCAGAUAGGAAUCAACGUAAUAGCGGCCAUCGGACAAUGUGGCCCCUUGACCCUCCUAGUCGCCUGCGUUCAGUUUACUUCGCCGCAUGCCUACCUCUCUACAGCGACUGGCCUUGCCUUCUCCAUGCGCGCCAUCGGCGGUGCUUUCGGAUCAGCGGUCCUAAAUGCUAUCAUAAAUGGCCGCCUUAGCACUCAUUACGCUCCGGCUGUUGGCGGAGCGGCUCUUAGCGCGGGCUUGCCUGAGAGCAGUGUGCCGGCGUUGUUGAAGGCUCUCGAGGCGGGUACAGCAGGGUCCGGCGUUGAGAGCGCCACUCCCGAGAUUUGGGAAGCGGCUAUCGAGGCGAGUAAGUGGGAAUAUACGUAUGCCUAUCGACUGGCAUGGGCGAGUAUUAUUCCAUUCGUUGUGCUCGCUAUCGUUGCUGUGGCGUUGAUGAAGGGCGUCAAAGAACUUAUGACGGAAAAGGUCGAGGCUAGUGUCGAGCGAGUAAAGCACGCAGAGAAGACCGAGGCAUGAUCGAUAGUCAGAAAGUAAUGCUCGGGAUUCGGCCAGACUUGAGGUCUCAGAUGAUUUGGAUCGCUAUCAUCACAAUUAUCCUGGGAAAUGGAGCCUGCUCCAUCUUGGGGAUGGUGGUAAGGUCCUGCAUCACCUACAUAUAUAUACAUAUAUACGUAUAUACGUAUACAUGAGAAUGGCUGCGAUGCGACAAAUGCCUCCCCGAAUGAGAUCCUAAGGGGAAUAUUAUACUACAAGAGACCUAGUCCAGCCGUUAACUUCCAGAUAGGCAGUGACAUUCCCU